UCCCUCCUCGGUAUCUGUGUAAAAUUCAGUCGUGUCAUUUUCCUCACUGUUCAAGUCUUUGGGCUUCUUCGAUCUGUACAAAUCGAGCCACUGAACCUCACGUUCUAGCCUCUCAUGGAUAAUGUUUACUCGCUUUUGGUCUCAUUUCUGUGUUUUUGGGGAUUUUCUGAGUUUUAGUAACUGAAAUGGAGGUUGUGAAGUUGCAGGUCGUGAGAUCACUUGAGGAAGGGACGCUAUCUCCUACUAAACUCAGACUCAAGCUUCUGGGAAUUCAGAAGAGCAGAAAGGAGGAAGAAGAAUAUCAAGACUCCGCACAAUUUGAACCUCAAGAUCUUGAUGAACAAGGUGUGAGCAACUCAGGGAACUGCAACCAUUUGACAGAAGGCUCGACUGUAACUUUAGCUAGUGAAGUAAUUCAUGAUUUGAGUGUCCCAUCCACAAAGGAUUACCGGCCAAAGGAGAAAGCUCAAAACACUCCCAAGUCAUCAAAUAGUCUUGAAAAUGGAAAUUUUCCUCUGCCCCUUAGAAUUCAAGAAGAGAGUAACACUGACUAUGACAGUGGGCAUGAGAGCACAGCUAGCUCUGUGUUCGAGUUUCACAAGGGAGACAAAGUUUCUUCACAUCGGUCAAGUUUAGGGCCAUUCGGAAGGUCACCCCCUUCCAAAUGGGAUGAUGCAGAGAAAUGGGUUGAUACCCAGUAUGCAAAUAAACCAAAGUUGGGGGUAACUCAUAUGCAGGGUACUCAUGGCCUUGGUUCUAAGAAAGCUGGUUUCCCUGGUCAUGGGGUAAGGCAAGUGGCCCCUGGAGCUAACAAUUUAGCUGUGAAGGUUGUAACCGAGGCGCCUGUUGCUGAACAAAGGUCUCUGGUUCCUGAUGACGCAGAUACAAAGAGGAUUGACCCAAGCCAAGCUAAGCGGGAGAUUGGGGCACAAAAGUUCUCGUUUCCUUUGACUGGAGCCAAUACUACAAAACCAACAAAUUGGCAUAUUGACCCAUGCCCCAGUUCAGAUGGAUUGAGUUAUCAAGUUGUGGAUCAGAGGCAAUUCUCUUGUGGUGACUCAUUUGCGAAGCCUUCAUUUCUUGUGGAGAAGCCUCUGGUUGAUUCAGAAGUUACUCUUAGCCGACAUGAUUCUUCAACUUCAGUACAUAGUGCUACAACAUGUAUUCCUCCACCUUCAACUGUGAGGUCUGUGUCCAUGAGAGAUAUGGGCACUGAAAUGACCCCUAUUGCCAGCCAAGAGCCUUCUAGAACUGGAACUCCUGUUAGAGCAACAUCACCAAUGCGUAGUCCUCUUUCUUCUCAACCAUCGACUCCUGGUAGAGCUGCCCCUACAUCUUCCCCUGUAGAUGCAGGUGAUAAUGUCUUGGACUAUAAUCUAGACCUUAGCAAAAAUGAGAUGACUGAGAAGGAAUUACAAAUGAAAACACGAAGAGAAAUAGUGGCACUUGGAACCCAACUUGGUAAAACAAAUAUUGCUGCUUGGGCAAGUAAGGAAGAGGAAGAUAAGGAUGCAUCUACCUCUCUUAAGACUCUUGAUGUGGAACGUCCUGGAAGAAGUGUAAUUGAGACACGUGCAGCUGCUUGGGAGGAAGCUGAGAAAGCAAAGUAUAUGGCCAGAUACAAACGUGAAGAAAUAAAAAUCCAGGCUUGGGAAAAUCAUCAGAAAGCUAAAACCGAAGCUGAGAUGCGGAGAAUAGAGGUUGAGGUUGAGAGAAUGAGGGGUCGAGCGCAUGAGAAGCUGAUGAACAAGUUGGCAGCGGCUCGGCACAAGGCUGAGGAGAAGAGAGCAGCAGCUGAAGCCAAGAAGAAUCAACAAGCUGCUCGAACUGCUCAACAAGCCGAGUACAUUCGAAGAACAGGGCGAAUACCCUCUUCUCUUGUGUGUUGGACUUGGUGUCGUUGAAACUGAGAAGCCAUUUUCUUUGUAAUUCAUUGUUCACAAGGCUUCUUGGUAAUGCACGUUUCAAUGGGGCAUGCAUCCUCUAUCAUGAGCGUCUCUUUCCACUUUCCACUGAAUUCGUUUGCCUCUAGCUCUAGAUGUGGCUUUGGCUCUUUGGUCAUGCCUUUUGGUGUUUCCAUCAAUGUCAUGAAAUUUUGGCUUCAGUAGGAUUAUGAUUUUUCAUAAAAUGAGCUAUACCUAGAUUUGAUUUUCAGAACUAAAUGCAGAACUCUCUCUCUCCCUUUAAAUCCCACUCUCUUGCACUCUCUUCCACACUCUAGAGUAGUGAGAAACUUCAUUUUGUAAAACAAAUGUUAUGGGCUCAUAAAGUUUGAGUCUGGUUAUACGAG